AUGCAUACGUCGACGCCGCCCCCGACGCCGCCGCCGGGCUCGCCACCACGGUCGCCGGGCGAGCUGCGCUUCCAUGUGGGCGAAUCGGAGGUCACGACGGCGCACGGCGAGCUGCUCCCGCGCCUCGCCGACGAACCGGCGGCGGGCCGCGACGCGGGCCUCGGACGGAAGCCCGAAAUCGCCGCCGACUCGCCGAAGCGCGCCAGGGAGGACAUCGAGCACCGCUUCGGCGAGCUCGAGGCCUCGGGCGUCGGGUCCGCGGAGACGAACCGCGAGGUCGCCGAGCGGCUCGAGCGCGAGGCGCGCGCGGAGAUGAACCGCGAGAUCGCCGAGCAGCUCGAGCGCGAGAUCGCCGCGACGCGCUUGAAAGUGAACGCGUCGCCGGCGAGGCACGCGUCGCUCCUGGCGCCGAAGUUGCUUCCGCCGCCGCCGUCGCCGCGCGAGGGCUGGAGGCUCGAGGCCCUGCGCUCGCCGCCGAAGCCCGACGCCAUAGACGAGGCAGUCGACGCCUCGACCCGCGACGAGUGGCUCCUGCGCCUGCUCACGUGCGUCGUCGCCGUCGACGGCGCCGGCGACGCCGAGGCCGUCCGCGGCGGCCGCUUCCUGCUCGCGCUCUACACGCUCGACACACUCAGCUGGGCCGUCGCGAAGAUGGCGCUCUACGAGGUGCUGGCCUUCGCGCGGCGCGCGCUCGGCGCGAGGGCGCUCGUGCUCGCGUCGCUCGCGAUGACGACCGCGGAGGUCGGCUUCGAAUUCGCCGCGGCGGCGCUGACGCCCGCGCUCUUCCGGCGGGCGACGGGCCGCGCCAUGGACGCGCGGCGCUGCGCGGCCUUCGCGCUCGACUGCUACGGCGCGUCGAGCGCCGCGGCGGUCGUCGUCUACCCGGCCGUCUACUUCGGAGCGGAGCGCGGCUCGAAGCUUUCGUGGCUGGUCGUCGCCGCGGUCGCGCAGAAUAUCCAGUACAGCUUCUUGAACCAGGUCGGCGACCAGGCUUGCGGGCUGAGCCGCCCCCACUGGCACCGGACCUUCGCGUCCGUCGCGACGCGCUGGCCGCCGUGGCGCGCGGCGCCGCCCGGGGGCACGCCGCCGGAGCGCCUCGCGGUGCUCCUCACGCUCGCGCGCGUCGUGCUGAGCGCGGCGCUGGCGGCGCUCUACGUGGCCGCGCGCGCGUCCUACGCCGCCGCGCGGCACGCGCUCGUCGUCGGCAUCUCCGCGUCCGUCGUCGCGUGCGUCGUCGUCCUCCGGCGCUCGGGCCCGGGCCCCGCGGUGCCCGCCGCGGCCGUCGGCGAAGACGGCGGGUUCGCGCCGAGCCUCGCCCGCCUCGACGGCCUCGACCGGCGGCUCGUGGUCUUUUCCGUCGUCGUCUUCGACCUCCCGGACCAGGCCUUCAACGCGAUCGUCGCGCUCUGCGUCGCGCUCCUCGUGCUGCGGCUGUCGCCCCUCGCGAGCGGCGCGGCCCUCGUCUUCGGUACGCUGGCGGCCGUGGCCUACCUGCACGCAAAACUGCGGCGGACGGCGCGGCCCGCGGGGGGCUACGGCGGCUGGCUCGCGCUCGUCGCCGCGUCCGCGCUCUCGCUCCUCGGCGCCGCGGCGCUCGUCGCCGCCGCGCGCGACCGCGCGCUCUACCUCGCCGUGCCGCCCCUCGUCGUCUACGCGGCGUCGCAGCAGGCGCUCUUCGCCAAGUUCACGGCGUUCCUCUUCGUCCACGACAACGAGCGGUCGUCGCUCGUGAACUUUUACGCGAACGCGGGCUACGCGGCCGUCGCGGGGCCGCUGCUCGCCGUGAACUGGGCGCUCGCGGCGUCGGCGGCGUCGCUGCGCGCGGCGCUGGCGACGCUGCUGCUCGUCGCCGUCGGCGGCUACGCGCUCGCCGCGGCCGGCGUGUGCGGCAGCGCGACGCUCCGCCGCGGCGUCGACGGCGCGCUCGCGGGCUUCAGGCCCCGGCAGGGCGCGCCGCCGCCGCCGCCGCCGGCGACGCCGCGCGAGCCGCCGGAGGCCGCCUUCUCGUCGCGCGACGAGGCCGCGGCCGACUCGGACGUCACGACGCUGAAGAUCAACUACAUCGACGAGGCCGACGACGACGACGAGGCGGGCCUGCCGCCCUUCCCGGGCUCGGCCGUCGAGGAGGAGGAGGCGCGCCUCGUCGCGACGACGCGCCACGGGUCGUCGUGGAUGCUCGACGUCGAGCACGUCGUCGCGGACCUCGACGACCCGGGCGACGACUACGCCGACCUCCAGAUCCAGGGCGUCUCCUACGACGACGUCGCCACCUGCUCGACGCACGUCUGCGGGCUCUACUGUUAGUAACGUGCUGUGCUUU